AUGUCGCACGAUGCUCGCCCGAUGAGCAUCGACGCCAUGCUCGACAUGGAGCGUCGAGAGGUCCUGGCGCUCCUCGAGAACAGUUCGCAGACGAAUUCUUCGCCCGAAAUUGAGCGUCGCUCUGCAUCCCCAUACCAGACGCCGAGGUCGCCCGUGCGAAGCAUGCUGGACAUUGACGAGGAACCGAGUACGUCGAGCCGACCCACGAGCCCACACCGACAAGCCCCCGUGCGAAGCAUGCUCGAUACCGGGGCGCCUCUACAUAGGACUGGCAGCAACACCACGCCCAACUCGCCCGUGCUGACGAGCGACGCGGGGGCAAAGGUCAGAAGCCCGAGUCAGUCAUCCUACAAUCGAGGUAAGUCGGAAGGAGCCUACAAGGCAGCAGGGCUAGACUCACGACGCUCAGGCAGCGCAAACCAUAACGACCCCGCCUCUGGAUAUCAGUUCUCGGGCAUUUACAAUACACUGGGAGGCGCGCAUCAGCAACAGAUGCCCCUGCGGGCUGGCCAAGGCAGCGGGUUUGGGCAGUCAAGGUCUGGGUCGCUGGCGGAAGCCCUGCGCAGCAGCGACCUGAGCAGCCUGCAGCUACCUGGCGAAUCGGGUCGCAGCUCUUCUCGCGGAGGUCGUCAGAAUAAGUCAAAAUCGCCCAGCAACCGCCUCAGCAGUCGCUCCCGAUCGCCAGCGACGUUCUCCCAAGCGCUGCCUCCAGGCAAAGGAUACCUCAACGAUGGGCAGGUGUUCGACAUGAACAAUGCAUACAGGCGCCUGUCCGAUGCCAACCUCGUGUACUCUUCUGGGAGCUUGGCGCAGCUGCCCAUGCGGAAACAGUCUGUGGACCCAGGCGAGGGCAGGCUGGUGAAGGACUACCUCGGUCCCGAUGGCGAGCAUCUAGGCUCUAGUGAGGAAGAUGAGCCAUACUCGACCGAUGAUGAGUCCCGUGGGCGAAAGAAGGAGCCUAGGGCGCUGAAUCCGGACGCCAAGGGGGAGAAGCAUCUGAGCGAGUCGCGCUCACGGUCCGGCGGCCGCAAAACGCUCAGUCUGUUGGCAGCGGCUGAGGCCGAGCGUGAGUCUCAACGUGCCGCGAGGCUUUACCAGUAUCGCUCACUGAUCCCCGAUCCCGAGAUCAAAGUGACCAAUGCAUCUGGCGACACGGUCAAGCCUGGGAAGCAUAGUGUCCAUCCGCACACGAGCUUUGACCACACGCCAGGAUCAGCGACGGCGUCUGUCAUGGAUUCAGAUGAAGAAGCCGACUUUGACGAGAUCAGGAGGGCACAGAAACUGUCAUUCACAAUGACGAACAUCAUCUCCAACGCCGAGGCCCACCGUGCGGUUCGAAUCAUCUACCGUGGCGAGUACAAUCGGAUCGCGCAGACGGCGGACGAGGAGUCUCGCCGGCUGCGAAAGUACAUGGUGGCGACUGACCUGAGUGACGAGUCGACGCAUGCUCUCGAAUGGGCCAUUGGCACGGUGCUCCGCGACGGGGACACGCUGAUCGCCAUCUACUGCGUGGACGAAGAGACCGGCAUCCCGGGAGGCGAUGGGGUCUCGGACGACUCGAAGACAACACGUGAGCAAGCUGCUGCUGUGAACACGAUCACGAGCUCCAAGUCGGCCCCUGGCGGUCUGCUGUUCAGGGGGGAGUCGACAGCGAACACACCGGGCGCCUCUCCUGCGCCCUCAACCAGGGGCGAGAACAAGGCUGAGGAGGAUCGUCACCGAGCGGCCAAGGACAUUACGGACCGGGUGCUGCGGCUGUUGCGCAAGACGCAGCUGCAGGUACGGGUAGUGGUGGAGGUGAUGCACUGCAAGAAUCCCAAGCACCUCAUCACAGAGGUCAUUGACCUGGUCGACCCUACGCUCGUCGUGAUAGGAAGCCGAGGACGUAGCGCACUCAAGGGUGUGAUUUUGGGGUCAUUCUCCAACUACCUGGUGACCAAGAGCUCCGUGCCGGUCAUGGUGGCGAGGAAGAGGCUCCGCAAGCAGAGCAAGUAUAAGCGGACAGCCGUGCGACAGGUCAACAAUCUGCACAACCCGGCGGCUCGCAGUCUGGCGAAUGCCAAGAUUGACUGA